CAGCUGGGCCACAUCUGGAGAAUUGGGGUGAGGGUUCAACAUCGAAUAAUUCUGGCUUUUGCCCAUUCAUGCCUUUUAGGGGCAUCAAGAAAAAUUAACCUAUGACCUCAGAACACAACACCUGCAACGAAGGCCAGCAGGACCACUUGCCUGCCCUCACCUCCCUACCCCUGCUUCUGCCUAAUCUCCAUCUGACUAUCCACUAAGGUCUAUGCCGCAUAUUAUCUCUCGGUCACCUAGGAUGCCCCAGAGCAGGCAUCCUGCAGGUGUGCCUGCAGAUGGGAAUAUCCCUCCAGGUGUCAUUCGAGUGAUUGUGAAGACUCCAGGCAACCAGAACGUCUUUACAGUAGCUGAAGACACCUCAGUGAGACAAUUCAAGGAACAACUGUCUUCUCACUUCAAAUGCCAAAUGGAACAACUGGUACUGGUGUCCAUGGGCCGCCUCCUAAAAGACCAUGACACACUGAGCCAGAGGGGCAUCACAGAUGGCCACACCAUCCAUGUCGUCAUCAAAUCCAAGCAUGGCUCCAGGUCCCUGACUCACUCUUUCCGGAACCUGUUAACCAACAAUCCGUGCCAUCAAGACAGAAACCCCAAAGGAAAUAGCAGCACAGUGUGCCAAUCUGCAGGCAUGAGUGAAACCAAAGUGGAAUCAUCCAUUCUCAUGGAGCCGGAUGCAUCCAAGGUGUGUACUCAAGACCCGGAAGUGGGUAGUCCAGAGCAGAUUGAACAGAUGCUGGAGACUCUUUGUGUCCAGAGACUGCUGUCUAAUAUGUUCUUCAUGCAUCAGCUGCCCCCAGAACACCCAGAUAUGCAAGAUCUGAUACAGCAGAACCCAGAAGUUUCCCAUCUCCUUGACAAUUCUGAGAUCCUAUGCCAGACUCUGGAGCUGGCUAGGCACCUUGCCAUCAUCCAAGAGAUAAUGCAGAUCCAGCAGCCAGCACAGAACCCUGAGCAUACACUGAACCCACAGCCAUACUUGGGCUUGGAGACAAUUCCAAAUGGAAACAUUGUCCUAGGCCAGGGCUAUGACAAUUUCAAUGACCACAUGCUCAAUGGUGUGCAUGUGCAUGAUCUUUUGGAGGACGACUCUUUUACAGCUCUUCUGGCUGAACAAGUACUAGAACAAGUCCAGACUCCUUCGCUAUGUCAACCACCACCCCAAGAACAAUGGGGCCAGCUCUCUUCUUCCCAAGUCAUUUUUGCAAAUUCUUGUGGAUUUUUAACUACCCCAACAGAGGCUAAUCUAAACACCACCAACAAUGCUUCCAGGGAAAAUCCAGCCAUAGCUGCCACCCAGGGCCAAAGCAAUGUCUGUGCUGUUCAGCAGCCAACUGAGAUCCCAUCCUUAUGCACCAUACCAGUCAUCCAGGAGCCUCGAGAAGGCGAUAAGGAUACUACCAUCCCUCAAGGGAGCUCUGCCCAGUGGUUAGAGGAAGAUCUCCAGCAGUCAGAAGAGCAGUCCAGUUCUCAGAUCACAAGAAGCAUGAUCCAGUUGCUUAGGACCCACCCACACAUGGCAGCUGAGAUGCUGCUGCUUUUGAAUCCGCCUCAACUGAAUGAGCAGUGGAGGCAGCAAACUGCCACACCCUUGCAGUCGUCCCAGCUUUCUGACUUGCUUUUAGCCCUAGCCAACCCCAAAACAUCGCAAGCACUAUUACAAAUUGAGCAUGGUCUGCAGCUAUUGGCUACAGAGGCUCCUGCCCUUUUACCCUACAUUGAACCUUACCUAUGGGGUCUGGGUUGGCUUAUUCCUUCCAGCUGUGACUACCUUGAUACAGUGCCCUGGACUUGGAAUGUGCAAGACACAGUUGAGCCUCAGUGUCCUGAAAGUUGCCACAAAUCUGGAACAGUCCUUCAGAGAGAACAGCCUCUGUCUGGAGACUCUUCCCAUUCCCUACAAGCCCCCGAGGUUCGUUUCAGCAAAGAGAUGGAAUGUCUUCAGGCCAUGGGAUUUGUGAAUUAUAAUGCCAACUUGCAAGCUCUCAUUGCUACUGAUGGUGACACUAAUGCUGCUAUUCACAAACUCAAGGCUUCUCAGGGAUUCUAACCAUUAUGUCUCCCCAUCUGCUUUCUACUGCAUGCUGACCCAUCUGACCACUUCACCUGCCUUUCCUACCUUUCCUGAUGUUUCCAACUGGGAGCAGCCCUGGAACAGGAGAAACCAAUCAAUCUUGCUCAACUGAAUACUAGCUUACUGGUCAUGGCUGGAAGAACUGUCAAUAAAAUGGCUACACUUACUUGCCUUCA